UUGAUUCCCCCUUUCCAUAUAGACAACCCAUCAUGCCGCCCAAAGCCGCCAAAGGCGAAUACAUUGAGACCGACACAGGGAACAAGAUCUCCCGCCGGUCCCAAAUCCACGGAACCCCGCAUAUCAUCCUGGGCGGCAAAACCGUCAUCCAAGCCGAGGCCGUCAUCCGGGGUGACCUGUACCGCUCCUCCUCCUCGUCCUCCUCCGCAGCAGGGGGAUCCGACGGCCACCACAGCCACGGCCACCAUCACUCGUCAUCGACGUCCGCGCCGGCCUCCACUCCCUCCGUGGCCAUCACCAUCGGCCGGUAUAGCUAUAUCUCGCGGCAGGCGGUGCUGCGGCCCCCGUCGCGGCUGCACCGCGGCGUGCACUCGUUCUACCCGCUCAAGAUCGGCGACCAUGUGUUUGUGGGCGAGCGCGCGGUCGUCGAGGCCGCGACGGUUGGGAAUCAUGUGCAUAUCGGGCGCGAGGUCGUCAUAGGGAGUAUGGCGAUUUUGAAGGAUUUCGCGUAUGUCCUGGACGGUGCUGUCGUGCCCGCUGGGAUGGUCGUGCCGAGCUGGUGUGUGGUUGGUGGUGCGCCGGCGAGGAUCGUUGGUGAGGUCGGCGAGGGAUAUGGUGUCGAAGGUGCGGAGGGGGGCAUGGCGAGAGAGAGGUAUCGGGUUGUUGGGAGGUGAAUUUGUUGGUCCUCGUCUUCGGUCGGUCUGUGGUGGUGAUGAUUAUGAGUGUUUUUUGUUGUUCAAACUAUCUAUACUUUAUACCCCUGGGCAGUGUGUUGAUUUUUGGUUUUAUGUACAUCUACGUCAGUUUUAUUGCUUUCUGUUUGUUUAUAUUAUGACAUGAAAGAUAUGCU